AUCAACUUGUUUUCAUUCCGAUCCUCUAUACGACCUGUCAGUCUCGACUAUCUUUCCAGAUCUUACAAUAGCGUAACGUCUCUGUCUCGACGCAUCCGAAAACCGACAGCAUAGCGCGAGGUUCAACUCGCGAAUCAAUUCUCGACCGUCUAUGACGUAUAGAAACUGGGGAUCAAUCGAGUCCCCACGAAACGCCCCUACGCGCCGGCACGUCUCUCUCUCGUCGAUCGUGCGCGAAGCAUCCGAUCUGCGAGCCGCACGAGGCUGAUACCGCUCGCUAUCCGCAUUGCCGAGGAAGAGGGCGACGUAAAUCAUCGCGAAUACAGAGCUCGAGGACUCCGCCAAGCGAGAGGCCGAGACCGGCUCGGAGAGACCACAUAUAAACGCGCGGCCGGGCCAGGAAACCCGAUACCAGUAACAAAGCGCCCAUAACUUACCGAUUAUGACGUCAUGAAGUUUCUGCUCCUGGCACUGUUGAGCUGCAUCUGCUCGGCCGACGAUCGACGCUCGAGAUACACGAAGCAAUGGGCCAGGAGGAUCGACAGCGUCCCGAAGAUCGAGGAACCGAUCGUCUCAACGUGGAAUCGAUACGCGGACUGGAUGGCGUUUGCGACCGCCAGACUCCAUCGGUACAACUUCGAUCCAGUAUCCGGCAGAUUCCACGAGGACCACAUCGGGGAUCGAGUAGAAGUGCGUCAUCCGAUCCGACAUCGACACCGGCAGUUCCGAUCGAUGGAAUCGAACGGCUACGUCGCGAUGAAGAACUGGCCGGUGAAGAAGGAGGCGGUGGUGGAAGGUGAUCUCGUGCUGGGCGGCCUGAUGAUGGUCCACGAGAGGGAGGACACGGUCACGUGCGGGCCCGUGAUGCCGCAGGGCGGCGUGCAGGCGUUAGAGGCGAUGCUCUACACCCUGGAUAUCCUGAACGAGCGGGAAAUCGUGCCGGGCGUCAAGAUCGGGGCGCACAUUCUUGACGACUGCGACAAGGACACGUACGGGCUCGAGAUGGCGGUGGAUUUCAUCAAGGGUACGUACCUCGACGUCAACGUGCCGCGAUCCUGACGUUACCGGGGCCUCCGCUCCGUAACGUAACGUUACGUAAUGUAAUCUAACGUAAUGUAACGCGACGUGACACGACGUCUGAUGUUGCGAAUCACCUGAAUGCAGAAACGAGGUGAGACAGGUUGAGCUCAUUUUGAGACCCUUCUAUUUCUAUCCUUUUAUUUUUGUACUCCUAUCAUCCAACUGUACGAUCGAUGAGAGUCGCCGUCGCCCACCAGUCGGAGACCGGCGUUUAUUGUCAGGGGAUGCAGAGACUCGGGGUGAAUUGCACAGCGUCCGUCGUAGUGUUUGACGAGUAGAGUCACGCUUUCCUUUCAUCUUUGCGAUUCAGCGUGCAGAGAAAGCCUAUACCUCCAACUGACUCGCGGUCAAUAAUAUGCCGCGACAUAAUACACUUUCAUCGAGAGGUUGAUACGAUGUUAACACACGACACAUAUUAUUAGUACAUAAUCGCAAGGGUGGCAUUCAAACGGAGUCGUUCGCGCACUGGCAUUCUCGCUCGCAGGGCAACGCGACGUAACGUCGAUAGUGACGUUCAAUAGCAGGUAGUUAGUAGGUAGUUAGUAAUACAACGUUACGAUAAAGCCCCCGGCUUAUCCUGUCGACGUCUGUGACGUGACCGAAUAAGGCAUAUUAUUGGGUUGGCCAAAAAGUAAUUGCGUUUUUUUCAAAUAGAUGGACAUACAUGUCUCGAAAUGUAA